UUGUCACCAGAGAGAGAGAGAGAGUUCAGCCCACACUCACCUGAUUCUUCUCACCUCUGAUGGUACAGCUCAUUAGUGACACCUGGCAGCGGGGUGUGGUUCACCUGGUUUACUGGACUGUUGACUCUGGCUGUAUUGCUCCAUGUUUGGACUGCAGAGGAGUACCUGAGUAGAAGACAUUUGAGAGGAGCGUAAAAGGCGUCACUCCGCCGGCUGCAGAGCGACGCGGCGCGGCGCGGCGCGCGGAAGAGAGACGGUGGGAGGGAGACGCAUCACGGAGAGAGAGAGAGAGAGAGAGAGAGAGAGAGACGGAGGGAGGAGGCGACAGCGGCUCGUAAACACGACAGAAAACGGCGAAUAGGACGACAGAAAGCGGCAGAAAUCACCCCCCUCACCACCACCACCCCCCCAACCGCGUCCCUCCUCAUCUCUCCAUCUCCAUCCUCUUCUGCGCCGUUUGGAUCAUCCUCCUCUUUUUGCGCACCAAAAAGCAGCGCCGUGUUUUUCUGUUUUUAAUCAUCCUAUCUGGACAAACCUCUGCGAGAGUAAACACCGAAGAGAGGAGACGAGAGAGAGAGAGGAGGAGGCUGUGACCAUCACUAUAUACGACCGACAGGAACCGAGUCGGUGGAUAAAAACCGGAGAAGGAGAAUAAACAGUGCGAGAUGACUGGAGAGUAACCAGAGAGAGAGAGAGAGACUUCAGCAUCACCGAUGCGAUGGCAUAGCAGCAUCUGCAGCAGAUCCAGCAGACUAGACUCCGACCAGCAGGACUCCCAUCCACCAUGAACCUCUGAAAGACAUCCGACACAGGCACAGAUGGGAUGAAAAUGCGGCGGCACAGGGUGUUCUUGCUGUGCACAGUGGGCCUGUGCGUCAUCUCCUUCCUCCACUACUACAAGGCCCUCCACUACGUCUCCCUGCUGCGCGAGCUCUCCGCCCCGUACCCCAACAUCAAGUCCUUCAUCAUGGUCACCGGCUUCUUCUGGAGGGAGAAAGGCGUUGGCGCCACCCCGCUCAGCCCCGCCUCCCCGGAGGAGGCCCCUCCCUUACCUGUCCACCAUCAAUCGGACACCAAAGCUAGAGCUGCGGCGGGUGGCGCGGGAGGAGGCGGAGGAGGGAUGGGUCUGGGGAUCGGGGGGGUCAUGAUCGGAGGUGCCGGGAUCAUCGGCAGCGCGGGUCUGGAGAUGAGGUUGAGGGAGGAGCCGGCGCCCCCUCACCCUUGGGAGAAACCAGAGGAGAACCAGCGAGGAGACGCUCUCAAAGACGAGAGUGCUGAAGACCACUUGAAGCCGCGAAACCCCAGCCACCCGGCCCAUCCUGCCGGGCCUGACCACCCAGAGGCGCCGUUGGUGGGAAAAGAGCAGCGGGCCGUGUUGUACAAGAAUCAUUUGCCUGACCCCUUAGAAGCCAUGGGAGACCUCCACACCCGCACUCACCAGCUUCAACAUGACAAAACACCGUACUUUGUCCGAACCAAAGCUGGAGCCCUUUGCUUCAGGCAGGGGACCGAGGUGGUUACCCAAAAAGAGUACUCCGGGAAAUCAGGGGGGUCUGUGGCUAACGGAGGCGGGGACGGUGCUCGAGCUGCUGGGCAAAGGAAACCUCUAGAGGUCCAGCAGCAGCAGCCCUCCGUAGCUCCGAAAGCCAAGACCAGGGCCAGGGGCAACGGCAAGCGGCUGGUAAAGUGCGUGUGUCGGCCGGGAUGGCACGGACCUUACUGUGGGGUUCCCACCAUGGUGUAUCACUCCAACCUGCCCACCAAGGAGCGGCUGACGCCCAGAGAGACCCCGCGGAGGGUUAUCAACGCCAUCAACGUUAACCACGAGUUUGACUUGCUGCAUGUACGCUUUCACGAGCUCGCCCAAGCAGUUGAUAUUUUCCUUAUUUGUGAAUCCAACUUUACUGCCUACGGAGAGAGACGGCCUCUGAGGUUCCUGCAGCUCCUCCUCAAUGGUACGUACGACUACAUACGUCACAAGAUCCUGUACGUGUUCCUCGACCACUUCCCAGACGGUGGUCGGCAGGACGGCUGGAUCGCUGAUGACUACUUACGCACCUACCUGACGCGCAACGGCUUGUCCAGGGUGGUGGGCGUAAGAUCGGACGAUGUCUUCGUCAUCAACGACGCGGAUGAAAUCCCAGCGCGCGAGGGCCUCCUUUUCCUCAAGCUGUUCGAUGGCUGGACGGAGCCUUUUGCCAUCCACAUGCGCAAGUCACUGUACGGGUUUUUUUGGAAGCAGUUUGGUUCUCUAGAGGUGAUAUCAGGCUGCACGGUGGGGAUGCUCCAAGGCGUCUAUGACGGCGACGGCAUCAAGCUCCGCCGUCGUGAAUACUACACCAUGCCGGGUUUCCGCAAGUACGAGAACGACACGGGCCACAUCCUGGUGCAGUGGUCCGUGGGCAGCCCCUUCCACUUCGCCGGGUGGCACUGCUCCUGGUGCUUCACGCCCGAGGGGAUCUACUUCAAGCUGGUGUCGGCUCAGAACGGAGACUUCCCGCGGUGGGGCGACUACGAGGACAAACGUGACCUCAACUACAUCCGUGAUCUGAUCCGGACGGGGGGCUGGUUCGACGGCUCCCUGCAGGAAUAUCCCCCUGUGGACCCCAAAGAGCACAUGUACGCCCCCAAGUACAUGCUGGAGCACCGUGACAGGUACCACUACCUCCUGGAGAACCCUUACAACAAAGCGUCCAGACUGAGCGACGGCUAGGAGUUCAGCUCGGAAAAGAUACAUGAAAUAAAUAGUAGGACCCGAGUGAGGCCUCAGCACUGAGUUUUGGGGGGCGGAACAGUACUGAUGAACUACAGCUCUCAUUGGAGCGAUACUACAUGUAUCUCCACCAGGCAGCACUGAUGUUGCAGGGACUUAAAAUCUCUUAAAUCAUUAUUUUGGGGUCAAAAAAGGGAACACUGUCAUCCACUACGGAUAUACGGAGAGGUCAUUGAGAGGAUACAACCACUGGAUAAACAAAAUCAUAGAUUUCCUCAUUCCUCCCUUUUUGGGGGAGGAGCCAAGCUAUCUCUCGUUUUGUCACCCCGUCCUCUCCUCUCUUUCUUCACCCGAGCCGAUUCGAUGAUGCGCCUGCUGUCUGAGAGAAAGGGGCCGCUUCGAAGCAAAGACAGGGAUAUUUCAGCAGCCGCGUGGAGACGAGAAACUUGGAAGCGAAUUGUUUUCUUUUUUUUUCUGUCUGUGUUUACUAAAGGUUACAGAUCGGCUGAUGUUCCCGCUUCACUCUCCACCUUUCAGAUGUCUUCCUGUCAUAUCUGGUGACCUCCUUCCAGAAACAGACACACGUUCAGAUAUUACGUUAUCCCUGGGUCUCGGUAGAAAAGUAUAAAUCCUGUUAAGCCCCGCUGGAGUACCCACUGCCAAAUGAAAAGGAAUGACUCCAUGGAGAUGUCUCCGCGCAUUCAUGUUCUUACACUCAUCCACAUGCACCUUAGACCCGUCAGUGUGUUUGUAAAAACAGUGUGUGUGUGUGUGUGUGUGGUCUGUCUUUAUAUCAUAUUGCGUGGUUUGGGGCUGUGAAGGGGGGAUGGAGGGGUGGACAAGAUCAGCGAGUGGAAACAGAAAGCGAGAGAGAAUCAUCAGGGGAGGACGGGGAAGAAAGACAGCGAGAUGGGAAAAGAACGCAAGCGAGAUAGAAGGCGGGAAAGAAAGGAGAGUAAUGAGGGCGGACGAGAGCGGUGAUGAAAAGGAGAGAAAAGGAGGCUCUCUUGACGUUGCCUUUUCCCACAGUGUCUGCUGACGCACGAGUGUUGCAGGGAUGAGUGUGCUGAAUGUGUGUGUCCUCUCAGAGCUCUGAAUAAAUCAUUCCCUGUCGAUGGCAUCUGAGACAGAUGAAACUCGCCGCGUCCGAUGAGAACAAUCGAGGCCGGUUGGGGAAAGAUCACCUCUCACUUUCGUCUCUCUGUCCAUCCAGUAGCCGAGAUGACUUUGUUUCCUUGGAAACUAAAGUUAUGUGAGAAAGGAGACGGGAUGGGUGAUGAGAUGAGUGGGUGGGUUCACAUCAGGCGAGGAGCUGCAGCGUUCAAACGAGGUCAACGCUGACUGUGGGUCUCCUCAGUUAAAUAUUCCUCUCUC